CAGUCGCUGAGAUUCACAACAUCAUAUGCUAAGAAGAAGGUGUCAGGAAGGAUCGGUCAUUCUGUGACAUUCGAAUGGAAAUUUGCUGGUGGAGUUGACACAGUAGCCUGGGGAUUGGCGAAUGAGGUUGGAACGGACAUUGACAAGGAUUUGGUAUCCUUAGACGGCCGUGGUGUCGAUGUGGUGCCACCUGGAUCAGUCCCUGUUGAAUACAGAGGUCGUGUGAAUGGAACUCGCUCGGGUGGCUCAUCUUCUGGUCAGGCCAGCUUCACAAUUUAUGAUCUUACAAAAGAUGAUGAGAGAGUUUAUGGAUGUUUGCUAAAACCUAAUAACCCAAAUUUGCGGGAAAUACCUGACUUCGUGCAGUUAGUUGUUGUAGGUAUGUAUCUUUUUAUAGAAUUUUAGUUUCUAGUGCAAGGACGAGAUAUGACUUGUGAAAUAAUUGUAAAUUUUCAUAUAUCUUCAUAAUUAGGUGGGCUAUGAUCGUCCGGGUAAGUGUAGUCCUGAAUAGGACUGCUUUUGACAGUGACUAACGGUUGGACAGAAGAAGAACGGCUGUGUAGAAGUCAGCUUCAGAGCAAUGCGAUUAGUGCCAAGUCAGAAAAUAGUAUAGGAUAUUUUUCUCUGGUUUAGCGCUACAGAUUGACUGCGUAGUGUGCUAUUGUCCGAUUUUAUGAAAACGCCUUAAUGAAUACAAGUCUCCGAUUUUACGAUUUUUCCCGAUUCCGCUAUACUACGGCUGUGGUGUGCUAUUGUCCGAUUUUACCGAAAUGUAAUUCGCGUUUUUUUUUCUUACGAUGUUUCCAAACGUUGGUCUACAAAAAGACUCUAACUGUAUAAUUAUUGGGACUUUCCGAUACUACAAGUACAAAUGGCUCCUCUUUGGGUGAGCGCUUCAAGAAUGAGAAAUACUCAGUUAUGGACCAUGACUGGGAGAGGUAAACCACUAACGCUAAAUUUUAAUGAUUAAGGAUUUCACAAUAAUAAAUAUUUAUAAGGGAGAUCUUGUGAGCCGUUUGCCUUGAUUCUUGAGUUUUAACUGCCAAAAGGUUUAAGCUAUAUAGCGAAUUGUUUCAUUGAUGGUUUCAUUAUGUGCCAUCUUUACGAACAUCCGAUCAAAAAGGUUAUGACGGUUCAAACCCCCGGGGCCGGGAAAUUAAAACACAAGUAUAGAUGUUGACCUUGAAACGUUUUUAUAUUUACGACGGAGGUGACCGUUUUCAGAAAGCAUCGCUUAAUGGCGAUGUGCAUUUCACACAAACCUGGGGUCAAUUUAAUGUAAUUUACAAUACAAGUGUAGCUAUUAUUUUCAGACCCUCAAACAAUGGCUACACUUGUGACUUACACUUGUAAAAGUUUUAUAAAAUUGACCUCUGGAAGCUUUUGUCCUAAAACAUCCUUGCCAACUACUUAAGGUCUUCAUUUACUAUGCUUUUAUUGACUUGUUAGGUCCACCAAAUAUAACACUCGUAUCUCAUAAUCAGACAGCAAAUGAGGGAGAUAAGGUGAUACUUAACUGUACAGCUGAUGGUAAUCCACCUCCAAACAUUACAUGGACAAGACUCGUUAGUAAAAGUCACGUCACCUUUCCUCUGGCCAUCAGGAGACAAGAUGAAGGAGGUUACAGAUGCACUGCUGAUAAUGGUUUUGGUAUUAAAAUCCGUGAUGUCUUCAUUACUGUACAAUGUGAGUACGAUUAUUUAUUUCAUUAUGCAUGGCGAUUUGGAAUGGAUUAUGGUCUCAGCAGUAAAAGCAGUUAAACCUAUCAAAUGAAGUAUGUCCUCUAAUGGUCACCUUUUUUUCCGAUAAGAAAGACGUACAUUUGCUAUACUAUGCUAUAUGAGCUUAACCGUGUAAACUGUAAGUUAGUGAUCUAAGUUAUAUAUUUAUUUAAUUAUUUUUCUUCACUUUAUUUUAAGGCUCAUUCGUACGAUAACUUAAAACAAUUAUUGGUAGUUUUUUUGCCGACUUUUUUUUUGUCGCCCUCAUAUGGUACCUUGGUAGAAAGCAGUCAUUUUUCCUCCCUUAACUUAAAAAAAUAAUAAAAAUAAAUGAAGAUUAAAAUAAGAAAGAAAUUAAUUGUAACGUACGAUCAGUGUUAAGAGAACAAUCACAACACAGCUCAGCCCUGAGAUUUGCAUCGAAAACAAUAGCAAUAUUUUUCAGCAAUAUUUUAGCCUUUGAUUGGUGGCAUGAUUGUAUUUCACAGAUGCAGCUACAGUAGAGAUGGUCGCUCCUGUAACAUCCAAUUCUUGGAUUGGACAAACUGUAAAGUUGACGUGUAAGGCAGAUGGUUCCCCGACGCCAACUUUAUCUUGGAAAAGCCCGAGUGGGAGAGUAAUACAGCAAGAAAAAGAAUUGAAAACAACAGUAGGUGUGCUGAUGAAAACUGAUCAGGACUUUGGUAAUUACACAUGCGAGGCCACUAGUGAUGUUAAUACUGAUACAAGCACAGUGCUGGUCCAGCAGAUAAGUAAGUGGAAUAUCUUUUCAUUUGUUGUAUAUAAAUAUCUGUGAUUCUGUCAUUUUGCCGUUUGCGUGAUGCUUGCAAGUACUUCUUUCAUUAUUAAUAUGCAUCAAGGGGUAUGGGGCCUUUGCAGCUAAGCAGUCUCUUGGGAUAAAAACUCCUUGAGCAUGGCCAAGAAAAACACCACGAUUACGUCAUUUAUAAGGCGAAUUUCCCGUCCUUCCGAAACCCACUUUGUCAUCCGCGCUCUAGCAAGGUGUUUAAUAAUAUUUGCGCAGACUGCAGAAAUAUAUAUCGCUAGGGUGAUACUUCAUCCUAAUUGCAGGUAUUUAUGUAUUGUAGAUGUUUACAAUCAAACACAAAACAAGACCAAAAAGGCCCAUUAAUCCACAUACCUGGAUGUUGGGUGUAUUAUAUACAGCCUUAUUAUGAUGCUUAGAAGCAUAAAGAUGGUCAUCCACCUGUAUAUUGGUAUUUUUAACGUUUCGUCUGUUGGUUUCACUAAGAAACACAAAUAAAUACAAUUGGUUUAUUUUGGCAAUGCCCUAUUGUCACACUGUCUUUUGCGUCCUUAUUUAAAGGGGGUAGACCUGAGGCUAAUUAAUUUACCGUUUAGCUCUGCCUCGAGAUCUGAGAGUGAAGCAUUUAACUUCUGUGAAUAAUAAUAAAAGUCCAAAUCCGAGCUUUCGCCAGUCAACGUCAUCAUCGCCUCAGUUUUAUUUCUUAAUUGAUGUCAGGAUGAAGUGUCCAUCAAGCUUGCUAUAAAUCGUCUAAGGGAAUAUAUGUAGUUGGUUUGUAGUGCUUUCCAUCUUUGUGUCUUACCGAUUUAUUCUACUUGUCCAUCCUGCUCCUGUUGGUUAUGUCAUGUGUGGUUCUUUCUUUUUCUGUAUUUUCGUCUUGUAGCCUUUCUAUAUAACCACCAGGUAACAAGACAAAAUGGAGCUGGAAGCUAUAGUAAUGUUCUUUAGCGUUUAAUUUUAAAAUUUGGGUUCCUGACGGAAAAGUUACCGAAAGGGGUCCCUGAUUCGCACAAGCAAACAAACUACUGACCUGCUAUUACCCCUAUACCAUGCAUGCAUUUCUGCGGACCUAUUUUGUUUUCCUUCAGAGGCACCAGGCUCACCGAUCUUCACAGUGGACAUUGAAGCAACGUCAAUAAGAGUUAGGUGGACAAAACCAGCUGGUGAUGGAGGAAGUCCUAUUACAGCAUACAGAGUUUUAAUACUGCGGGGCAACACGGAGAUAGAAAAUGAGAAUAUUACGGAUACGUCCCUCAAGCAUCAAGAUAUUGGAGGUCUAAACAAAAGCACAAACUACACUAUUAAGUUGUUUGCCAGAAAUUACGUGUUUGAGGGAAAAGCAAAUGAAAGGAAAAUUCAGACCAAGUAUGAAGGUAUGAAAAUCGUACUAAGAAUGCACUAAGAGUGCAUAAGAAUUGUAUUCACUACAGUCAGUUAUUUAUUUAUAUAUUCAUUUAUUUUUAUUAACACAAGUGACCAGCACAAAGCAUACGAUAAAAUCCGUCAGCCCGUAAACUAAAUAUUGCACUUUAUGUGAAUCUAGGAAUGUAUAAUCAUCGACCUUCAUGUUUAUCGCUGUUCACACCCUAAUAGUAGUUUAUAUAUUAAAUCGAGUUUCUUUAAAUCUGGAAUUAAACAAAAACCUGUCAUAAAAACCAGUUGUUAACAAGAUACGUAGGUGUGUGCCGCUCAGAAGUAUUUAGUUCACGUACACAGUUGAUUUCUCAUUACGGAAUAACGAAACUUAACAAACAAAUCCACGGAACAACAAAACUAUGACGUAGCUGGUGGAAAUUAAUGCAGCAACAUUGCAGUGAUGUUCUUAAACAUGAUAUCCCCGGUAUCAUAUCGUGUGGUUUAUGCUUCGGAGCCAAUCAGCAUAAAAAGAUAACCGAUUUUCAGAAUCGUUCGUUGUGACGAUGAUUUGUCGAUGGUCCUCGAUGACAAACGAAAUGCUCGGCUGCCUCGUGGUCUGCUUUGACAAGUUUCGCGUUUUCAAAUUUUAAAAAGUGUUGCCGUGUAACCGAAUGAAAACGCAGUGAAAUGCAUUAUUUCUCAAGAAGCGUAUCUUCACUUCUCAUCUUCAAAGUAAGUCUAGAACCACAAUAUUUGUGUAAUAGAUUUCUCCGCUCCAAAUCAACUUCUGUGAAAACACUUUCGGUCACGUGCUAGGCAACGAAGUAGUUCACAGCAUCAGGUUUCACCAUAUUUUCGAGUUUUUGUUUUUUAUCGACUUCCGAACGCGAUCAAGGUAAUUUCUGAUCUUCCUGUCAAUCAUUUGUGAGGUCUUGUGAGUCUUCACACGCAAUGUCACGAAAGAUAAAAAGUCGUAGGAAAAUCUUCAACCGAACAAGAGAAAACUGAAAAGUUCGUCGGUUUUCGGCCAGAUGUUUAUUUUACUGGGACUAGUUAAUAAUUUGAUAGUAGUAUAUAAUCCAAUGCAAUUUGAGGCUGAAAGACAGUCAAGAGUGCUUUCAUUUCAUACUGAACCUGCCCUGGCUACUUUGUUUGUUUGUGUUUUCAAAGUUCAAAGUGUACCAAUAUUGCUUGUAAAGGCUUUAUUUAUAUUGUUUCCAAGUACUAAAAGCAGCUAUACUUUCGCUUUCGGUCCAUCCGACAUAGGCGUCCGUUUGAUCGACGAAGCAAGUUGAUGUCUAAUCAAUAUGCCGAGUACGUUUUGUAGUCUCCUUAGGGUCGUUACCCAAUGCUCCUCCCCAAGGAGCGUGGGAAGGUGUGCAGCGCAUUGUAUAACAGGCCAAAGCCCCGAUUUUAAGUACUAGGCGACUUAUUUUCACAUAUUUGUGACGGAUUAGAAUGCGGGUUUUGUCAGAAUCCCUUUGUUUAAAACAUGGCGGGAUACUCGCUGGUGUUUCACUGUAGUCACUGAAAGACACUUUUUAUCACUUUUUACGCGGGAAUAUCUAAAUUUCCUUUAGUUACUAAAACAAGGAAUGACCUACAAUGACCUCCAAUGAUCUACAAUGACCUACAAUGAUCUACAAUGACAUACAAUGACCUACAAUGAUCUAAAAUGUUCUACAAUGAUCUACAAUGAGCUUCUAUGGCCGAACGUGUAAUCCCUUUAAUGAGCUAAAAUGAAGAUUUUAGAAAAAGACAAAAAAAAGAUCAGGGGACAUGUGUGCGUAAACGUAACGCGUUUAGUCUACUGCAUGACAGGCCAUUUAAUGAUGACAGCAUCUCUAAUUAUUACGCUUGGAGAUAAAUUUACAGUGUAAUAAUACGUGUAUGAUGAUACUGCGACUUUUGUCCAAACCAUCCCUUGCAACCUUUCGCAUUAGUUUUAUUUGCUUGUCUUUUUUUCAAACAAAUUGAACAAACACAGUCACCCCAACAGUCGAUCCGGGGGGAUCUUCAAGGGACGUAAGGGUAGAGAUGAACAAGGGAGGCCUUCAAAUUCUGACCCUGUUCAAAAGAAAAAUUGUUCAUUUUUUUAAAGUACCCUGGCCUGUAUAAGACAUCAUGAGACCCUUUAAAUGGCUUUCGGUCCAUCAGAAUGCUCUCUUUGUAACGAUAAAUAGUAAAAUCCAUAUCCUGCUCAGCGGAUAUGGCCCACAUUAGGAUCCCUUCGGGUGAUCAAAUGCGCCUACCCCGAGGGCAUUUCACAGGCACAGAAGGACGGAAAAAACAGUUCAACAACCUUCAGUUGUCGAACAAAAUCUUUAUAAAUACAGCAAAUAAUUCACAUUCAAUAUAAUAAAAACUGAGAAACACUGUAGGUGUAUUUACUAGGAACAAAACUCUCUUGAAAAGUGGCGGAAAUCGCUGCUACAAGGACACUGAAGGCUCAGUUUUUCUUUGUUUGUCAUGCAAAGCGUUCUAUAAAAAAAUCCCACCUACUGAGAUCACUACAUUUCAUACAUGCGAUUCAUGACUAUUUCACUGAUGUGCAUCAUAGCGGCACCUUAUUAAUAAACAUACAUGCGGGGCAGGAGGUGUGCGACAAACGGAGGCUGCAGACUUGCAUACUUGCAGGUAAACAAGGUAAACGUUGUUCUGAAAUGCUUUAAACGAUUCCCUGUCCUUAAACUUUGAGUCUUCUAAAAGUUCAGUUUAGGGAUACGAAAUCUGUUAGAGUAUUUCACAACAAUGUUUACCUCAUUUACCUGCCAGUCUGUGAGUAUGUAGUCUACGUUUGACGCACACUGCGUACCUGCCAUAGUAGCUCGUCACGUGCAAAGCGCCCAGAGAUUUCACAUGAAAUCGAGACUACGAUUCAAAUUCCCCACCCCCUUCGUAUGGGGAUCAAAUUCCCCACACCCUGGAAGACUCUGAUAAUGAAAUUCCCUCCUCCCUGGGACGACAAAGGUGUAAAAUGCCCGGGGUAUGCCCGUAGGGGGGAUGUUGAAGCUUCGAUUUGACCGAUACAUUACACUGUACUGUAAAGUGAUCAAUCAAUGCCUAACAGAAAGGAUUCCUCAGCAUAAAGCUUCGCACCUAACUGGUAUAUACCUUGACCACUUGCUAUGUACAUGCAAAUGUAGCAGCCAAACAUUCUAUUAAAAAUUUGUGGAAAAAUAAAGAAACUUGAAAUAUAUUAAUUAUUGGAACUGAUUUGCAGUUGAGGUCAAAAGAUAAAGCUAAGUAAACAAAAUUGUCUUUCUUCAACUAUGUCCAUGGCAUUGAAACUCACAAAAGUUGCUGAUCUAUUUAUCACUUAUGUACAAACUAUUAUCUGCAAAACUUGUUUGAUUCCAUACUAGUCUGAAAUUGUUGUAUAUAAAAAUUCUUUCUGUCAGUUUCAAUGUAGCACUGCACGACAAACCUUUCAAACGGCGAUGCAAUCCUUCGAUCCUUUACGAAACAAAUGAGAAAAAACAUGGCAAUUAUCUUGAUAAGAAUCUUCUAUCCACGAUCUAUCUCCUGCUUGGAGUAAAAUAGCCGAGUUUAGUAAAAAUCAAACUGAAAUUCGCUUAAAAUAUUGAGCGUCCGUUGACUUGACCGUUGAAUUGAAUGGAAGCCCACCUGAACAUUUCAAACAUGCGCGCGCAGUUUGGUAGUGUACAAGGAUUUAUGGGAGUGACAUGUAUAUUUUCGUAUCCAAGCCCCGCGCUAUCAUUAUAUCUUGGCGGGAAGGCAAAAUUACAAUAACCUAUAAAACUGAUGUUCUUACCUGGUUUUCCUCGGCCUCUACCUUUUCUAUCCUUUUAAAUUUUAAUGUUUCCUUAAAAUGGGGAAAAUAAAAACGGCAUUCUUUGUCGUCCUCUUACACUGUAACCAUAUCAUGAUCAUCUCCAUGAUGGGCUCCUGCCUCCGUCUAGAAAAUUAUCUAUAUUAAAAUGGACAGAUUAAGAAUUACAAUCUUCGGUCCAAUAUGCGCCAUUUAAAAAAUCGUUGUGACUCAAGACGACUUACCUGAGGGCUCUUUGCACCGUUGCUUGUGUUAACUUGUUUGCCUCUAGCCAUGUCUUAACUUGCUCUUUCGAACUACAAACCCGUUAUGGAAGCUCUCCAUGAUAAAGAUAAAGCGGCCCGUACUCAGUGAUUAGGAACUAAUGCUUCUAAUUAGACGCUGAUUAGAUGAACAUAUAUUCUUCAAAUCGGUGUUGAUUCUAGUGGUCGGGCCAUUUUGCGUUGUCAUGGGGUCUAAACAGCUCUAUUCAUAAGCCAAGUCAGCCCUAAAUCUGGGCUAACUAUAGACUAAAACCCGAAAUGUCUCUAUAUUUUUUAGUAGAAAUGGCUCUCGUGAAAGGGACCGAUACGCAUCACACGGCUGAAACAAUUUCUCCUGUGGGCCAAAACAGUUUUCGAUGGGGCUACAAUGGUCUCUAUUAGGGUCAAUUUAGACCAGAUUGACCAGAUUGAUUGCUUUCCGAGUAAAAAGGUGAAACAGCGUAAAUGAGCAAAUGAGACAAGAUCGGACAUAUACUAAUAACGGACCAAAACAGCGACUGCAACACAGCAAUGACUUGGGCACCAGAAGGAAACAGAAGAAGAGGAAGACCAAAGACCAACUGGAGGCGCACGGUUGAAAAAAAAAAAAGAAAGAAAGAAAGCAGGAUAGGAAUUACCGGACGAAGUGAGAUCCAUAGCAGCCAACCGAGAAAAGUGGAAGACUCUUUGAAGGCCUUAUGUGCCAAUAGUCACAAAGAGGAUAGUGCUGUGAGGUGCCACAAAUUGACCUCUGAGAAGAGUUUACCUUCACAAAAGCAGUAAGGCGAGGAAAAAAAAAAAAUAAACGUUCUUCGCGUGUGUGCAUAAUCGGGACAGCGUCCCUUAAAGAUAUACUUAAAAAGUCCAGUGCUUUGCCAUGUCCGACACAGUAGUGUGUGUUUUUUCUAACCUCACUGUAUUUACGUAGAAUUCUUUGCCGUAUUCGAAUCGUUUUCGCCCGUCCACACGAAAACACCAAAACAGUGGAAAUACGAUGUAUGGCAUCAUCGUUUUUUAAAAACCUCCGUUUCGCCCGUUCACACGAAAACGAUGAGCUGACUUCUUCAAAAACGCUACUCUGGGGACCGUUCUUAUUCCCCGGAAAUACCGUUUACGCGUGAGCGGAAAGCUAAACGAUGAAAAGAAAUCCGUCCCUUUUCAAAAAUACCCGGUUGCGUGUGGACUAAGCCAUAAGGUGAGCUUAUGAAGCUUGUGCUCUGUCUAGUAUAAGCAACAUUUGUGACCAGACCUCUUGUUGUACCUCAACAGGAAAAUCAGCUUAUUCUUAUCCUUCGCAAAUAAUAGUUUAGUUUAAUAGUCGAAUUUUUUUGGCUCACAAAAAACCGUUUUUUUAUAAAGCUACGCCUGCAUUCUCCACGUUCAUUUUCAUCUAAAUAACCUAGGCGGGUAUACAAAUUUGGGUUUGUUUAAUUUCGGAUUACAUAGUCUUCGUUAUAAUUUGUCACAAAGCGUGUCUUCAUUGAAAACGAGGUAACCUUUUAAGGAGGACAACCGUUCGCAGACUCCAAGUAACUGCAGCCUAAUUUUGCUAGGUUAUCAAUACAACUGAAAGUAAACUAGUUUUUUUUAGCUUUGUAUCAUUCAUCUUUUAACCCAGGAGUCCCAGCAGCAGCGGAGAUCACAGAUUUACCGGCUGCAACAAAAGAUGUUAAAAUCACCUUAAAAUGGAAAGAAGCUGAAAACAAUGGAGCUCCUAUAACCCAGUACACUGUGUACCGAAGACCUGUCCGUGAAGAUGGCACAUCACUGAAUUGGAGUAAAAUAAAGGAAAUUACAGAUACGUCAGAUCGUAAAGUUGUUGUUAACUUGGAAAAAGGAAAAGAAUAUGAAUUUGCAGAUUCUGCUACAAACAUUUUUGGAGAAGGAGGGAAAGAAGAAAGAAAAAUCAGGAGAAUAAAGGUGUUGGGAGGUAGGUGUAUUGUAUAUUUUUCCUUUUUUAAAAUUUCCACUAUAAAAGUAGACAUAAUGUGUGGCAUUGGACUCCAUCCAAUGGUCGUAUAAUACGAAGCAUCUGUUUGUUGAUAAGUGUCUUUACUUCACCUUCGCCCAGUGUGACCCUGUGUACACCCAAAACAAAGGAGAAAGCGUGUAUUAGUUAUAAUCCACGAUGACUGAUGAAUUAUCUCGCGAUGUUAUCGGCUAUUUCGGAUCACGUGGUACGAAAUCGGGCGGGUGUUAGGCAAUGCACUCCAUCCGUGUAGAAAUUUGCUUUACGAUUUUUCAGUGGCAAGAAUAUGACAAAGUCAACAAAUUGCAGUCUCUUUUCAGUUUUUAACCUCUUUAAUAAUUUAGAAUGAAAGCUGUAAAAACAAACUUAUUUUGUUUAAUCCAGUUUCACUAAAAUACAGAGAAAUCAAUAAAAUAAGCUACGAAUCGAAGAUAAACAAAAUUUCAAAUUGAGCUUUAUAUUUACGCAUUUGAACAGAAACCUGAAUACAGUUUUUUACGCAGUCAUAGCUGUCAGCUAUGGAAAAGAAUACUUCAAGUGUUGACAAAGAUAAGCCUUUUUUGUUACUUUCAGCAUGGAGAAAAGAGAGAAAAAAGCGUAGCGGGACAUGAAAACGAUUAAUUGAUCGCCGAGUCGUGCAGUGCGCAACCAACUAGAGCAUCAGUUUGAGUCAUCUCCGAUUAUCAGGUGAUUUAUAGAUAUGGAAAAUUCCGGUCAGUUCAACCUGUUCUUACAGCUGGGCCUCAUAAUUAGUUCUUCUUCCUUUUCUUUCUAUGACUUCCUCAGCUUCCACCAUCCACAGCAACGUACAAAUCCAGGUUUUGACAGCACCUCACUAAUGUAAAUCCUUCAACUGCUCCAGGUUUUUCAGUUUCUGUGUUUCAUACUUUUAAUAACUUUUCUAGCCCUUGCAGCAGUAGUUAGUGAUAUGGUUGGAUUCUCUUUACUUAUCCAUUAGAAACGCCUUUUUUAAUUUCGAGUUUUGAUCUUUGGGGCGUUUCAAGAGUGCCUUUGACAAGACAGCCAGUCAAGCCCUGGUCCAAUCACAGUUUCAACAAAAAAGUCAAACAAUCACUGUGCUUGUUUGCGUCAUUCGCAAUAUAGUAAAAUUAGAUUUAUAAUGAUAAAAAUUAAAAAAAAAAAUAGAUGAAAAAUUUGUGUGUUAAAAAUAAAACAAUUUAGAAACAUAUAAUAUCAAGAAGGAUUGUAUGCUAGUCUAAAAAAGUAAGUCGUUAACUUUGAUUUAAAAACAGUCAGAGUUGCACUUUGUGGUAUUUCACUAGGGAGGUUGCUCCAAAGAAGAAGGUCCCGAGUGUGCAAAGGUGCGAUCACCAAAUGCCUUGUGGUUAGCUCUAGCUAGGAACAGCAAGAAGGUUAUGUUCGUUUGAACGCGGAAGCAAUCAGUACUUUUUGAAGAAGAUCAGAUUGGUUUCUAAAGGCGACAUAAAGAAAGAAUCAGUGCAGUAGUCCCAUUAUGGUAUAUCGGAUGAUAAUGCCCUUGGCUAAGAGAUUGUCCUCAAAAUUUUACAUUUGCCCGAGAAGCGAAUGCUUAUCUCUCAGCCGUAGGCAUUGUCCUCCAAUAUACUAGCCAUCGGCAGAGGUUUAUUUACUGAAUAAUACACGCCUUUGCCUUUAGCCUACCCUUUCCCAGCUACUUCCGCUGCCUCCAUCCAUUGAUGAGGCUUCGCUUGUUCCAGAAAAAAACAAACAAAAAAACAAAAAAACAACAACUACAACGACAGAAAAAAAAAAAAGAAAACCUGCUUUGCUACAUACCGCUACUUACAUGUUUGUCGAUCAUUAGUGUUAAGACUUAAAUCUAUAGAUUUUAUUGAGUCGUGUUCUAAGUGAAUCUGUUUAUUGCUUUCGAGACGACUUAAUUAUCUGAUAAUGCUGUGCGAAAUGAAUGUCCAAUGAAAAUUGUUUAAAGCACACUAACCUUUGAUCGAAGUGAAGGACUAAACAAUACAUGGAGACAGUAUUAAGCGUUUAUCAUGAUAGCGUAGCCAGAGCAGUAGGGAGAUCGAGAGCUAAAUACGGGUAGAUAUGUUUUUCACAACUGGCCAUGCAUUAUCAAAGUCUUAAUUGCUCCGUUUUUCAAUUUUUAACAUCAGCUAUGCGCAAAAGUAGUACUCCAGUUAUUUAAGGAAGAACGAGUAAAAACUUUGAAAGGAAAAUUAACAGCUCUGUGGCAUUUCUUUGUGCGUAAGGUGUGCCGUCAGCAGUGGCCUUCACAUACGAAUUAAAAGCUGAUGAAAUAACCUUGAAGUGGGAGGAACCAAACAACAACGGAGCAGAAAUCACAGUGUAUACUGUGUACUAUGGAACCCAAAGUAAUGAGCAAUGGAAGGAGACUGAAAAGAUAACUGAUGUCUCAGUACGUAAAUAUGUUGUGAAAGUCGAAAUGGGCCAGAAGUAUAAAGUAGUGGUAACAGCAAGCAACAAGUAUGGAGAGAGUUCAAAGGAAGACAAGAUGCAACGUGUUGACGUACCCGAAGGUGGGUUAAGCUCAAGUUUAACUGAAAGAGUGUAUCGCAGGGAAAUACACAGUAGAUCACUAUACACAGUAGAUCGUUCAGUGAUGUUCACUAUACACCUUUUAAGCUUGUAGGUUUUGUUUUCGCAUUUCAGACCACGUGAUGUUUCCCCAGAUAAUUCUUUCUUUUAAAUGUUUAACGGUAAUCUUUACAGAUAUUAUAGCCGUUUUCGCACUAGAGACGGAAAAUCUGUAGUGUAAAAAUGGCUGAUAAAAACCAGGUCCCUACAGUGGCAAAAGCCUUUGACAAAAAAAAAAAACCACAGCUUUCAACUAAGCUUCGUACGCGUAUCGCAGCCAUUGGCCGUAUUCACACUAGAGACGGAUGGUCCGUCUGAGACGGGUUUUGAAGAUGGAUUAACCGUCUCAGACGGAUCAUCCGUCUCUAGUGUGAAAACGGCCAUUGUGUGCUAUUCAAUUUAAAUAAAUGCAGGGAAAAUUAAUUGAAGAUAAAACGCUGUUCAUAAAAGUUAGUAGUCAGUAACUCCGUCUUUGCGACAAUGCUACCUUCAUUGAUCCAUUGAACCAUUCAUGAAACGUGAAUCGUUCAUGCUUUGUAGGCCAGGUAGUUAGUACUAAGAUAGGAUUAUUAAAUACGGCAAGAAUCGUUAAAUAAGUAACUUAGGAUAUAAUAGCAAGACUGGCCAACCUGUGGAGAAUUAAUGUCAAAAGGAGUUAUGAAUAAUUUGUUAGCGCUCAAAAAGCAACCCUCGCGGCACUGAAUCUUGCCUUCUGAGAAUUAAUUUUUCACUACCGUUACAAGAAGUUUCAGUUCAAAAAUAACCAAAUGAACAGGUUUAACUGUAAAUCAUUCCCAUGUAACACGUUAGAAUCAUAUGAUAGUAUUCUUAAAUAUUUUUCUCAGGUUCCUCCAAACCAACAGGAGGCCAAACGGGUGAGUUGCUGUUACUCAUAAAGGCGGAAAGAGCACCAUGGUUAAACUGCACUUGUUCUCACCAGCAUCAUUGCCAUACCUCUUUUGCUUCAGUGAAGUCAGAAAAGCUUGAAGGGUAACAAAUGCAAUAUAAUAAAAUACAGACGGUUCAGAGGCCAUUGGAUACUAUAUCUUCUGUAUCCUCUCUUCUACUUGCAGCAUUAGGAUAGUGCAUCUGUAUCUGUCGCUGCGCUAUUGCUUACAACUAACAGCAAACAUUUCGUUUUAGGUUCCUCGUGUGGUAAUCAAAAGAAAAUCCUUCAUGCUGUUUAUAUCACCAUCAUCUGUCUUUUGUUAAUAAGCAAUCUUAUUCUGAUAUUUGUCGUCUGCCGAAUGUGCACCCGUUCAGGUAGGUUGGUUUUUGUAUUAAACGCGUUUGUCUUGUUUCUAAUUCUUUAUUGAAUUCGCCACGAUGACUCAACAUGCUGACAGUAGAUGAUACAAGAAAAAGACAAUCUGGAUGUAGUAGACGUCAAUGCUUAAGUAAAAAGCCCUGAAAGGCUUGGUAAAUGCUGCGAUGACUAAACAUACUCACAUCUUGUAUUUUGUAUUGAGCUCCAGAGAUAUAUCAAUAACUAGUUGUCAAAGUGUUUACAAACUGAACAAGUCUGAACAUAUUUUUGUUUCAGAAAAGUCACGGGAGAGAAAGUAAGUAACUUUCCUUAUUAUUAUCAUUAUAGUAUACUCGGAUUCAUCGCCCCGGCGAAAAUAUAGAGAGAUGAUGUAUGCAGUUUUUCGGCAAAAAACUCGUUUAGGAAGAAGUUAGCUAUACCACAGUCACUGACGCUACCAUUUGCACCAAACCACGUGACUUACUGAUGUUUUACCUUACCGUGGGAUGUAGGGUUGUACUUUAUGUUUCUGGAAUGGUAGGAAUCCAAAAUAAAAGUUGAGUCUUACGUCUAUUAUAAAUGUUUUAACAUACAUCUAUUAUAAAUGUUUUAUGUUUUUGCUCGUAGCUUACGUAGAAAUUUUAACAAAUUUACCCAACUCUUAGAUUCUUCGCAGCAUGAGUUUUCAGCUAUAGGUAUCUCAGAAACGUGGCUAAAUGAUAUUAACGAAGAUUAUGUAAGGGACUGUGCAAUAAUUAUCAGGAGGGGGGGGGAGGUGAAAAACUAGAGGGGGGCAUUAGGUUAAACACAAAACACAAUAAAACACAAACACAAUAAAACACGAUGUUAAACACAAUAAAAGAUUCUCAAUACAGGCAUCAUGAUAGACUGUAACAAAUAUCAACACGAACAGCUGUUAAACGAUUAUUGAAAAUAUUCCAUCAAAAUGAAAAGCGAAUUCACAACUGAUCAAUUUUAACCCGUCUUCUAAUAAACUGAGCUGAUCCUAUGUAAAGCAAAAAUCAUAAACUUGUUUUUCAGCUUCCCCCAUAAAACAAUGGGAAUCAAACAGAUCUCGCAGACAAGCUUUGUCGGUUUUUGAUGUGAAUAAAAGUAAUGUUUCACCGACUGAAUCGAUUUGCUGAAUUCCAUAUAUAUGUGGCUCAUAACAAAGUUCAACAGGCUCUCCUCCCAAGGAUCUAAAUAUAAUGCAAGCUCUUUUUCGUCUGUUAUUUGAAGCGUUAAAUCUCCUGUUCUUUACCAAUAACAGUUCUGCCAUGUGUCGAUAAAGUGUUUGAACAGCUGCCAGGGGCACCCAACGACAAUUUUCGGAAAAAUAUCUGUUCGGAAG